AUGGCUGCUCAUUCCCUCGCAUCAUUCAAUUAUUCGUCCUCUAACUUAGCUGCUUCCUCCGAGCAUUGUUGGAGCAGCAGAAGAGGCGUCCUUGUUCCGGGGAACAACCGCGAAACAAAUUCGAAAUUUUCCCGGUUACCGUCGUGGACGACGAAGAGCAGCGGCGCUUUGACGACAAAGAUAUGGAGCAGCGCGAUUGUUCGGCCGGUAUUGGAAGAAAGGGUGGCGGUGGAGGACAAAAGCAAUUAUACGAAUGACAAGGAGAAGAUACUGAGAGUGGGAGUAAUCUGUGGAGGUCCUUCUGCUGAGCGUGGAAUUUCUCUCAAUUCCGCAAGAUCAGUGCUCGAUCACAUCCAGGGAGACGAUUUAGAUGUAAGCUGUUACUAUAUCGACUCAAACCUCAACGCUCAUGCUAUAUCUUCUGCUCAGGUGUAUUCAAACACUCCUGCAGACUUUGAUUUCAAACUUGAAAGUCUUGCCCAAAGUUUUAAGUCUCUGCCUGAGUUUGCUGAGCAUCUCACCACCAAUGUGGAUAUAGUUUUUCCCGUCAUACAUGGCCGGUUUGGUGAAGAUGGUGGCAUCCAAGAGCUACUGGAACAAUUCAAGAUUCCUUUCGUGGGGACUCGGUCUACUGAGUGCCGCAAAGCAUUUGAUAAAUAUGAUGCCUCUUUGGAGCUGGAGAAGCUAGGCUUUGCUACUGUUCCCAAUUUUUUAGUCCAGGGUCGUGAAACAGAGAAAUCCGAGCUUUAUAAUUGGUUUGCAAGAUAUCAAUUGGAUGCUGAUCAGGGGAAAGUAGUGGUAAAGCCAACUCGGGCAGGAUCCAGUAUCGGAGUCACCGUGGCUUAUGGAGCUUCCGAUGCUCUUCAAAAGGCUAAUGCCCUUAUAUCAGAAGGGAUAGAUGAUAAGGUCCUCAUUGAAAUUUUCCUUCAAGGAGGUAGUGAAUUCACUGCCAUUGUCCUUGACGUUGGUUCCGGUUCAGAUCGCCAACCUGUUGUGUUACUACCAACUGAGGUGGAACUUCAAUCUCAUGAAAAUGUUGAUGCAAGAGAACAAGAUGCAAUAUUUAAUUAUCGGAGGAAGUACCUUCCUACACGACAGGUUACAUAUCACACUCCGCCUCGAUUCCCAGUAGAUAUCAUUGGAAGCAUCCGCAAAGGAGCAUCUUUAUUAUUUCAGCGGCUUGGUCUGCGCGAUUUUGCUAGAAUUGAUGGUUGGUACUUGCCCCCGUCUGCUCGUGCCGCAUAUUUUCCAGGAAAUAAGUUUGGAAGUUCUGAGCUUGGCACAAUUUUAUUUACUGAUAUCAAUUUGAUUAGUGGAAUGGAGCAAACAAGUUUCCUGUUUCAGCAAGCAUCAAAGGUUGGAUUUUCACAUUCAAAUAUCCUGCGCACCAUAAUACAACAUGCCUGUCUACGAUUUCCUAAUCUUUGGACAUACAACAUUGUGUCAAAUACCUCAUCAAGCAGAAGACGGUCUUCAUCAUCAAAGGAAUUGCGACAUGUGAAUCAUCAGAAAGUGUUUGUUAUCUUCGGAGGAGACACUUCUGAAAGACAAGUGUCUCUGAUGAGUGGAACAAAUGUUUGGCUGAACUUGCGAGCUUCUGAUGAUCUUGAAAUUACUCCUUGUUUACUUGCACCUACGAUUAGUGAUUCCUCCAUCUCCAGCUCUGAUGCAAAGGAUGUGGAAGUGACCCAAAGGACAGUAUGGUCAUUACCAUAUUCCUUGGUGCUUAGGCAUACCACAGAAGAAGUUCUUGAUGCAUGUAUUGAGGCAAUCGAACCUAUGCGCGCGGCACUAACAUCUCAUUUAAGGAAGCAAGUUAUGGAUGACCUCAUGGAAGGCUUGAGCAAACAUAGUUGGUUCAAGGGGUUUGACAUUUCUGACGAAUUACCUAAGAGAUUUUCCUUGGAGCAGUGGAUUAAACUAGCUAAGGAAGUUCAGGCUACAGUUUUCAUUGCAGUGCACGGAGGCAUAGGCGAAGACGGCACCCUGCAGUCUAUGCUAGAAGAUGAAGGAGUUGCUUAUACUGGUCCAGGCUCUGCAGCCUCAAAAAUUUGCAUGGACAAAGUUGCUACUUCACUAGCUCUUAACAAUCUUAUGGAUAUCGGAGUCUUAACAAUAAAUAAAGAUGUUAGAAAGAAAUCAGAUUUGCUAGGAGGGCCCAUAGUCGAAUGUUGGCGAGACUUGACGUCCAAACUUCAGACCAAAACAUUGUGUGUUAAACCAGCUCGAGAUGGAUGCUCCACUGGAGUUGCAAGAUUAUGCUGUCCUGAGGACCUCGAGGUAUACACAAAAGCAUUGAAAGACAGCCUUCCUCGGAUUCUUCCAAAUAGUUUGUCAAAGCCACAUGGUACCAUUGAGAUGCCAAACCCUCCUCCAGAGCAUUUGAUCUUCGAACCUUACAUCGAGACUGAUGACAUAAUUUUAUCAUUGGGAAAUGGAGGUAAACAUGAUCUGCUGUGGGAAGGCCGCAGUAGAUGGGUAGAAGUUACUGUUGGUGUCAUCGGGCAACGUGGAUCAAUGCAUUCGUUGACUCCUAGUGUAACUGUGAAGGAAACUGGUGGUAUUUUAUCACUUGAAGAGAAAUUCCAGGGGGGGACUGGCAUAAAUUUGACUCCCCCACCACUAUCAAUUAUCAGCGAUGUGGCUUUGGAGAAGUGUAAACAGCGCAUUCAACUGAUAGCAAAUACACUCCAGUUAGAAGGGUUCUCCCGUAUAGAUGCAUUUGUUCAUGCGGACACCGGGGAGGUACUAAUCAUCGAGGUUAAUACGGUUCCCGGAAUGACACCUUCCACAGUUUUGAUUCAUCAGGCACUCGCGGAGCAACCUCCCAUGUAUCCUCAUCUGUUCUUCCGGAGGCUACUGGAUUUGGCAUCGUUGAGGUCUAUGUGA